CAGAGCUGCUCCGCCAUGACCCGGCUGACAGUCCUGGCCCUGCUGGCUGGUCUUCUGGUGUCCUCGAGGGCCGGCUCCAGCCCCCUCGCGGACAUCGUGGGCGGCCGGAAGGCGAGACCCCGCCAGUUCCCAUUCCUGGCCUCCAUCCAGAAUCAAGGGAGGCACUUCUGUGGGGGUGCCCUGAUCCAUCCCCGCUUCGUGAUGAGCGCGGCCAGCUGCUUCCGAAACCAGAACCCUGGGACUGUCGCCGUGGUGCUGGGCGCCUAUGACCUGAGGCGGCGGGAGAGGCGGUCCCGCCAGACAUUUUCCAUCAGCAGCAUGAGCGAGAACCGCUAUGACCCCCAGCAGAACCUGAACGACCUGGUGCUGCUUCAGCUGGACCGCGAGGCCAACCUCACCAGCAGCGUGGCAAUACUGGCACUGCCCCUGCAGAACGCCACUGUGGAAGCCGGUACCAGAUGCCAGGUGGCCGGCUGGGGGACCCGGCGUAGUGGGGGGCGUCUCUCUCGUUUUCCCAGGUUCGUCAACGUGACCGUGAUCCCCGAGGACCGGUGUCGUCCCAAUAACGUGUGCACCGGUGUGCUCGCCCGCCGGGCCGGCAUCUGCAAUGGAGACGGGGGCACCCCCCUCAUCUGCGACGGCCUGGGACACGGCGUGGCCUCCUUCUCCUUGGGGCCCUGUGGCCGAGGCCCCGAUUUCUUCACCCAAGUGUCGGUUUUCCGAGACUGGAUCGAUGGUGUUCUCAACGGGGGACCAGUGCCAGCCUAGGGGGGGCCUGUGACCUCCCACAGAGCCCAGCCCUGCCCUCCGCGCCUCCCGCGCUCCGAACCCACCUCCCACGGCCCCGCCCCUGCCCCCGCUCCGGCCGGCGUGGCCCUGGCUGUAAUAAAGAAGCCAGUCUCGCCUCUG